CUCAGUUACGGAGGAGAAUAACGAAUCCCAAGGUGAAAAAGAACCACCGAGGACGAUGAAGAAGAGGAAAGUUCAAAGAGCCAGCCCAAAUUAGAAUCAAAAUCGAUGGAACCAACUCGUAUAAGUAAGUUGACCGAAGAAAAUACUGAACUCAAGAAUCAGUUAGCUGCACUUAAGCAGAACGUGACCUCGAGAGAGAAGGUGGUUGUUAAAAACCCGCGUGACCAGAUUGACCAAGGGUACGUAUCUCGGCAGACUUCCAAUGAGAAGCCUCCUCAGACACGUCCUCGUGACUCUGUUCAGAAUGCACGCCAUGUUAAGAAGGUGCGUGCCGAGUCAAAGGAAUCUCCGUAUAAGCAAAUUAAGAAAUGUGCGGAAAAUGUGGGUACGAUAUGUACCAAUUGA